AUGUCGUCUCUCCAGAACUUGACGAUUGACGAUACAAGUCCUUUGUUCACUUAUUGUGAAGUGUCCUAUUGCUUACUGAAUCAUUCUCAACGUUUCUCUGCUGAUUUACAGCACCAUACGGUGCGUACUGUAACAGAGCGGAAUUUUGUGCUGAUUGGUCUUCUGUUUAUAGCUGACGGCUCGGGAUCUGGGCUUGCAAAUGGGUGGAUACCUUGGUAUACAACCACCGGAUUCGUGACCCAACCCGGACAGGGUGGCACUGGCGACUCCUACCAUCUUACCUCGCUGAGCGGGGCUUCAGUAGGCUUGAAGUUUUACGGAACUGCCGUUUACCUUUAUGGCACGACGAACAGCUCAUAUGAUGGGGCACUCGACGGCAAGACCUACUCUUUGAAGCCAACGGGCUCAAAUCUUCUAUUCUAUGCUAUGGGUCUACCGCAAGGAUCUCAUUAUGUGAGUUUAACUCCUCGAAUAACAGGCUCCCAACAAUUUGCAUUGGACCGUGCUGUGAUCUCAACACAAUACGACGAUCCGCCAGUCGAAGUAUUCUAUGACAACUCGGACACGUCCGUUCUGAAGUACGCAGGAGCUUGGAUUACGCAGUCCGCGCCGGGUAUUCCCAACGCGACUGUGUCUCACCCCUGGCAGCAAACGGUCGACCCGACUGGCAGUGUGUCGAUGGAGAUUAGCGGCGCUGUUGGUGUGUCAAUUUACGGAAUGGCCAAUUGGGGGUCAUGGGUCUAUACUGUCGGUUUGGAUGGAGCGGAGGAGAGCCACAAUGCUUCCACGUUUUGGAAAGUUCCCAACGCAUUGCUCGUGGACCCGGCAAAGAACCACACGGUGACCUUGCGCAACGUCGCCUCAGGCAUGAAGUUGAAUGUGAAUUCGUUCAAAUUGUACAAGGCUGAUGCUGGAGGCGAUUCUAUUGCGCCGGCUGGAUCACCAACACCGAGUGGCAGUUCUAGUCCCACCUCACGCAACGGCUCCUCGGUAAAGCUGGCAGCAAUUGUAGGCCCAUUGGCGGCGCUUGCAAUUAUAGUCCUCGCGGUUGCUGGGUGGCUCGUAUUGAGGCGCUCACGGUCCCGACAAGAGGACUCUUGCCUUGAAAGCGCAGAUCCUGACGAAAAACGCACAAAAUUGCCGCGUCUCCCGGGCUUCUCUUCGCCAAAUCACUCUUCUGAUCGCGAGAGUAGUAUCUCGCCAAGGGGCACUACCUUCGCUGCAUCGGCAGAAGGCGGCCGUGUUCAAGCAACAACCGCGACAACAUUGGCAUCUUACGGCGACAUGUAUAUCGACACUAAUCUGGCGUCAGAGUCUGAGCAGGCCACAAGUCCUUCCACCGCCCCUUCGACUUACGCACCCAGCUCAGACGCGCGAACGGCAUUUUCCACCUCCGAUUCACAUGGAAGCAAGAGAACGAUGUUACUUCCCGCUAAUCCGCCGACAACACGGACCCCUUCAACUCCUUUGGACUCCCGUGAUGUUGACUAUCUAGUUCAGUUGAUCGCGCAGCGGAUAGACCCAGUAGGUCGUGGGGGUGAUAGUAUCGCACCGCCUGAAUAUCGUGCAAUAUGA